AUGAGCGAUCCAGGGGAAUGCUACUAUGCCAUUUGCGGCUCCGGGUUCCGGCGCGCCCGCUUCGCUCAUGAUGACAACGACGGCUACAACCCGGCCAGUCUCAGCGAGUCCGAUGUCGAGUGGAUGGAGAAUUUCGAUGUCGUUGGCUUUAACCCGGAUGCGAACGGCAUCUCCAAGGUCGAGCUUCACAACGUCAUGCAGGACCCGCAGCUGAUGACGGAGGACGUCGACUACCGCAAGCUGUUCCUGUGGCUGGACCACGCGACCACACCGAAGCACUGGAUGGAUGGGCCCUUCCUCGCGGUCGCGAACCGCCGCCGAAUCUGGGGUGUCUGCGAGCAGCUGGCCGACACCUACCAUGCUCGGCUGGCGAGAAAGGUCCUCGCCGACGAGCCCGAGGGCAUGGCGGAGCUGAUCUUGGAGCACGCCGACAAUCCGCAGAUACCUCUGGUCGUGUGGCCGCCGCCGUCCAAGGACGUGGAGUUUGUCUCGGUGCAGUGGGUGCGGUCGCUCGACGAGCUCACCGAAGGCUCCGCCGCCGAGUUGCACGCCUUCUUCGGUCCAGACGGCUCCAUGGUCGGAUUGGCCAUGGAACUUGGCGGGGGGCCCAUGAGGGUAUUCGGCCAGGACGACGGCGUCGAGGGGGUGCGGAGGGAGAUGGUGGAGAUCGAAGACCCGGCUGACAUCUUGGGGCUGAUCCUGCAUAUCCCCCAUGCCGUCGUUGGGCUGGAAGACGCGGAAACUUCCAUCAAGGGAGUCACGGUCCAACACAGACUGCAAGACUGGCACCUCGGCUCCACCCGCGACCCUUCCUUCAACCUCCGCCCCCUGCUCCUCGACCAAGGCAAAACAAUCGUCGGCCUGAGCACUCGCAUCAUCCGUCUGGGCCUCCUCCAAUGCACCCGCCCCCCUAGCGACGACUUCGCCCUCCUCAACACCACCACCGAUGCCUCGCACAACAACAACCCCACCCCCAUCCAGCACCGCCUCCUCUGGCGCACCACCAACACCAACCCCCCGGGCCCCAUCUGGACCAUCCCCCACCUCCGCCUCAUCCGCCUCCACGACGCCGGUGCCGUCGCUUUUCUCCCGGAAAACGACAUGCUCGCGUGCGAACCCCUCCUGUGGGCCCGAACCGCCGACGACAUCAAGUCCGUCACCCGCCUCUCCGUAACCCUCGCCAUCGCCGGCACCGUCGACGACCGCCCGCUCUGCCAGUAUUGCAACAGGGAGCAUGGCUACUACAUGCUGUGCGGCGCGGCGGCGCGGCGGCGCGGCGGCGCGACGGCGUCGAGUACGGUGGUGGAUUUCGAUGUCGAUGGCGCCGGGGGCGAGGUCGUGGACAGCGUCGAGAUGGCGUGGGGCGGGUAUGCGAGGGCAGUCAAGCUGCACACUAAUAGAGACCGCGAAGUCGUUUGGGGGGACGGAAAUGCGUGUGACUGGGUGACGCUGACAGCGCCGCCGGGGCAGACGAUUGUUGGGUUGGUGUUUGUGUUUGGGAAUAUUGGCGGUGGUGAUGUGACGGGUAUUGAGAAAUAUGCUGCCAUGACCUAUGCUGGAAUCUUGGCGUUGCCGUUGGAAUAG